GUGGAAAACCCAAAGAAUUAGGCCUUCGUUUCUUCAAACUAAAACCAAAUCAAACAAAACUCUUUGCUGUCUACUAAAUCUUCUUUGCCUAUAAAAUCAUUUGAUAUCAUUCUCUGUUUUCUCACAACACAAAUAAACAUUACUUAUAAACCAAAGCAAAAGAAGAGCAACUACAAAGAGAAAGAGAAUGGCUAACUUUGGAGCAGAACGAGUAUACCAAGAAUUUGAGCCUGCAACUAGAUGGAUCUCUGAACCAGACGUCGAGAUCCUUGUCGCUGAUCUUCCAGGAUUCAAGAAAGAACAAGUUAAGGUGGCUGUGACCUCAACAAGGAAGCUAAGACUAACGGGAGAACGUCCAACAGGUGGAAACAAAUGGAUUCGUUUCCACCAGGAGAUUCCCGUUCCUUUGACCGUUGAUAUUGACUCGGUUUCAGCUAUGUUCAAAGAUUACAAACUCUACAUCAGACAUCCCAAAGUCAAGACAGAAACCCCUCAAACUAAGCCACUAUCACCGGUCAAACCACCCACAAAACCCCAUGAUCAACAUGAGGCAAAACAAGUUCAGGGUUCUAAAGCAGCAACGGUCGAGAAGCCCAACGGUGGUAAAACCGAAAAACAUGAUGCACAGCAAAAAGCAGGGGAAGUACAGAGUGACAAAAAGGAAUUAACUGGUGAGCCUAAAGGACCUUUGAGUUCUAAGGAUGAGGAGAAGAACAAAGUUGGAGCCAAAUGGUUUGAGAAGUACAAAGAGGCAACUGGAAAUGUGGUAAAGGAAGCUAAGAGCAAAAGGGAAUUACUUUGCAAUUUGAGUGCUUCGAUUGUAUUGGUUCUGCUAAUCCUACUGUAUGCUAGAAAUGCAGUACGUUCAUCCCUCCUAGGGAACUCCGAGGAAUGA